AUGCUGCACCUCCCACUACCAGUGAGCCGUUGCCAGCUGCUGGCAGCGGACUUUGUGGUGCUCAUGCGUCGAGCACAGCCACUUAGAGACUUAGCCACUCUCACGACGCGUCCGCAUCUGCUCCGUUUCACGGCACAUAUCGUCGAUUGGGUCGUCGGGCACAACGAGCACGACAGCGGGUUCCUCAAGACCCUGCUCGCCGCAGGAAAAGGCGCGAGCGCCGAUGCGCUCGCUGCAGGCGUGUUUGUGGAGAUCGUUGGGAGCGUGGCGCCAUACUCGAGGGCGCUCGCGGAGAUAGUGGAUUAUUAUCUGGAGGAGAGUAGGAAGCAGGAGCUUCGCUAUGAGGUGCUUACGCCUGGCGUAAUCCCGCGCGGGUAUAUGGACGGGCGUAAGGCCUGUUUGCGCAUGGUCGAUGCACUGGAGCUGGACAAGGCGAACUUCAAGAUCGGCACGUCCAAGAUCUUUUUCAAGGCGGGCGUCCUUACGGAGCUCGAGGAGCGAAGAGACCAGAUGAUAAAAUACAGAAUGGAGUGGGCCACUGUCUCUCAAAAGCACAAAAACUGA